UAUUGCUCUUCGACGAGGAUAUGUUUGUUUCUGUGUGUAAGAAGGUUUUUUUUUUUUUUUGGAUCUGCUGUUGCCAAUGGAGGUGGGGAUUUACCAGUCCUGAAUUUAGCCUCGUUUCUUCGUAACCAUAUGUGUAAUCGGAUUCUUCGUUUUGGGUUUUUUUCGUUGCUUCGGACUUCCCCCCCUCGUUGCCGUGGAUGAAUUUUGUUGGGUUUUAUUUGUUUCAUUUGCGCUGCAGAAAACGAAUUUCAUGCUCUGUUUUUGAGGAAUGAAUGUUCUGUGGAGCGUGGGGUGGCUUCACUCGACAUUCCUGCUUAAGGGAAUACGCCGAUCACCAAAUUUUUGUUUUCAGGGUGUUCCGAUUGAGGCAUCAGAGGAAAAAGAAAACCGCGGUGAAACAUAAACCUGGCCAUGGAGCAGCAGUACCUUGAAGAGACUGUGAUGCGAAGCAAUUCAUUUGGAGAAGAUAAAUUCUGUUUAGAUAACCAAACAUGUGUCUCAGAUGCUGAUGGUGGAGCUUCCCAUGGCUUUGACUGCAACAUAUGCCUAGACUCAGUUCAAGACCCAGUUGUAACACUCUGUGGUCACCUCUUCUGUUGGCCCUGCAUUUACAAAUGGCUCCAUUACAAGAACUUAUCUGCGCAGCAGCAAUGCCAACCGCAGGAAAAUUGUUGUCCCGUUUGCAAGGCCGAGGUCUCCCACGCCAGUCUCGUCCCGCUUUACGGCAGAUUUCAGACCACAAAUCCCUCCGAAACCAAGGCAUCACAACUAGGACCAGCCAUCCCGCGAAGGCCUCUCGGGCCUGCCUGUGGGGCAGCCGAGGCACCAGCAUCUCCAAGCCCCCAACUUCAUCCCCACAACUAUUAUCUUCCUCACGCACACUCAUACCACCCUCGAACUACACAAGACUACAUAACUUCGUCGAUGCUUGGCUCGAGCAGUAUUACAACAAACAUUAUCCAUCCAGUGAUCGGAACAUUCGGCGAAGCAAUUUACGCAAGAGCAUUCGGAAACACUACCACAAGCCUACAUACCUAUCCAAAUUCAUAUGGUCAUGUGAGCAACAGUAGUGCAAGGCUGAGGAGGCACAUGAUGCAGGCUGAUGAGUCGCUGAGCAGAAUCUGUUUCUUCUUCUUUUGUUGCUUAGUUCUGUGUUUUCUAUCAUUCUAAGAAACUCUCUUUAGAUCAUUUCUAGCCAUUGGAUUGGAUAAUCCAGUGAAGAUCAUAGGUACAAUUUAAUGAACCACGAGGGUUCAGCUCAGCUAGCUGUAUAGAUAUUAUACAUAUAACAUGUAAUUAUGAGCUUAGUGUAAAAAAAUUGGUACAACUUUCCUUGAACUUGUUUCGUGGAAGCUUCAGAUUCGGAUUCACCAUAAUAAUAAUUCUUUUAGUUUCCCAUUAUCAACACAAA